AUGGUCGAAGCCAACGCCGGACCCUCGGCCCAGGGCCCGUCUACGCAAAAUGAGCCUGGCCCAGACAUAGACAUGGGAGCUUGCACGCCAAUCGAGAAAGCGUCCGCGGAGGGGGACGUCGAGACCUUGAGGCUGCUCCUUAUCAACCGAAGCGCCGGCGCUGCAGGACUCGGUGGUGACAAUUCAUUUACUUUGCCCCUCGUGACCGCCUCUGCCGGCGGGCAUGUGAGAGUCGUGGAACUUCUCAUCGAACACGGGGCCGAUGUCAAUGCUGCCGUGGAACAUGGAAUCUGUGCUGCUUAUGCGGCGUCACAGAACGGGCAUCUCGAUGUUUUGAGAGCACUGGUCAACCACGGCGCAAAUGCCUGGCAUUCAGUAGGCGGCGGACCGCACCCAGUCAUGCAGCCGCUCCAUGUCGCAGCGGCCGGGGGGCAUGCCGAAGUCGUCAAAUUCCUCGUCCAGCUAUGCGAGGAGCAACGUUGUCAUCGAUCGAACAACCCCAGCACGACGGCGGAGCAUGAAGAGAAGAGCACCACGGACCAGUCAGUCGCAUGCUGCGCAGAUGGAUCUCCUGGUCCCAUUGGACUGACGCCGCUCAUGAUGGCCGCUCAAGAAGGGCGUAUCGAGGUGGUCAAGUACCUUCUCGAUAUGGGAGCUGAUGUGCGAGCGUGCACUUCAGAUGACUUGUACAGUGCUGUUCGGAAGGCAGCCUACAGAGGACACACAGAUGUUGUUGCACUUCUUAUUGAACGAGGGGCCGACGUCCAGGCUAAAGAUCGAAACCAUUGGACGCCAUUACAUGCGGCAGCGGUUCAAGGGCAUCUUGAGGUAGUCAGGCAUCUUGUCAAUAAUGGGGCGGACUUGGAUGCCCUGUUAAUUGACAAGACCACUCCGAUUCAUCUCGCCGCUGAGGAGGGACAUUCUGCCGUGGUAGCUCUUCUCAUUGAGAAAGGCGCAAAUAUUCACGCCGUCGAUGAACAUACUCGCACGGCAUUGGCUUUAGCUGCUUCUCGUGGUCGGUUAAAUGUUGUCCAGAUCUUGAUAGAUCAUGGAGCCCGCGCUCAACCUACUGAGGAGGGGCAUGUCGCGCCGCUUUUUCUGGCAUCAUGGCUUGGGCAGGUUGAGAUAGUGAAACUACUUCUCCAGAAUGGCGCUCAUGUUGGUGCCGUCGAUGGUCGGGGGAGAACCCCGUUGUUUUGUGCAUCCGAAGAGGGCCAAAUCGAGGUGGUCAAAGUAUUACUUGAGGCCGGGGCCAACCCUCGAGCAGCUGAUAAGUAUGGCAACACGCCCUUGAUUAUGUCGUCUGGACAAGAAUUUCCCGCAGUGGUCGAGGUAUUGCUCAAGGCUGGAGCAGACCAUCGAGCCACCAAUGCAAAUGGGAACACGGCAUUGCUUCUGGCGGCAAAGAGGGGGAAUCUCCAUAUUGUCAGGCUGUUGCUGGCGGCAUGGGCAGACCCUCGUAUUGCCAAUAGCUUCGGCCGCACGCCCUUCUCGGAAGCAUGUGCAGGUGGAUAUUUGGAACUGGCCAGAGUGCUAUUGGCCGCUGGUGCAAACCCCCGAACUACCGACGACAAGAACUUGACGCCCAUGCAUCUAGCAUCCGCAGGAGGACAUCCCGAUGUGGUCUGGUUACUCCUACGGGUGGGAGCAGACGGUGAAGCCAAGGCCACCGAUGGAAGUACGCCUAUCUUGCAAGCUUCCUUGAGCGGACAUUCCGAAGUGGUCAAGAUGCUACUGGAGGAUGGGGCAAAUCCCGAAGCCAGCAACAAGGACGGAAUUAUGCCAGUGUAUAUUGCAUCCGAGCUUGGCCAUAUCGAGGUUCUCAAAGUCCUACUCGCGGCCGGGGCAGAUGCUCGCACGUCCACUGACAAGUACUCAGCUCUAUACACUGCGUCGUAUAACGGCCAUAGAGAUGCUGUAGAGUUGUUACUCAAGAAUGGUGCUUCCAUUGAGAUUGGAAAUCUUGUGGAUAAAUCUACGCCCCUUUUUGGAGCAUCGGCAGGCGGAUUUCUUGACAUUGCGAAACUUCUUCUCGACAAUAGAGCCAAUCCCAAGGCCACGUCCGUACUCCUGCAGACGCCGCUUUUCAUGGCGGCCUACUUUGGACAUGCCGACAUCGUGGAGCUAUUGAUCGAACGAGGGGCCGACGUGAACGAACGCAUAGCGCCCCUCAAGAGUGCAGCCCAGCAGGGCCAUACUGAUGUCGUCAAGUUGCUAAUCAAACACGGCGCGGAUGUCAACUUUGUGGGGUUCGUGUAUGGUUCGAAUCCGCUGAGCAACGCCAUUGGGAAUGGUCAUCAUGAAGUCGCAAAGGUGCUCAUCGAAAAUGGCGCCAAAGUCGAUGGCGUAGCUUGGGUGGAUGGUGGGAAUCCACUGAAUGUGGCCGUCCAGAAUGGACACAUGGACCUUGCCAAGAUGUUGUUAAUCGAACAUGGAGUCGACGUUAAUGCCAUAUCUCCCGAUGAAGUUGGAACGCCACUACAUACGGCCGUUAAGAACGGACAUGUUGAACUCGCGAAGCUACUACUGGACCAUGGUGCCGACAGGAAUGCCGUAGAUUGGGAAGGAUCUACACCCAUGUUUCUGGCAGCUAGCAGUGGAGAUGAGAGAUGGGGGUGGUUGAAGGAAAUGGAUGAAGGACAGGCUCUGCAUGAUGAACUAUGA